CAAAUACAGUAGUAAGGAAUAAACAUUAACCAUGCUGAACACAUUCAUACAAGUUAAAAACAGAAGGAAAAUAAUUGUUUUUCUUGUGAAGUUUACUUUUCUUACUGCGUCGUCAGAAGCUGUGUUUUAUAUGGAGGCUGGUUCUACUGUGUGUUUACCAUUCUCUCAAAGUGACAGGACUAACUCUGACAGAUUUAUAAAGAAAGGAGAAGAAGUUCUGUGUACACAGUUUUCCGGAUCCAAAGACACGGGCACCACAUAUCCUGUUUUAUCCAGACCAUUUAAUUGUACAACAAACGACUCCACCAUUUCUGUGUGCAUUAAUGGCAUAACAAACGAUGUACAAGGAACGUUUAAGUAUGUUAUAGAUUCAGAAAAGUUGGAGAACUUGACACUUAUAAUAGCAAGUCCUCCAGCUGUUCACACUUUGAAUAAUUCAACGGCCAUAGAGGGAACAGACUUCAACAAAAAAUGCCUCUAUAAUGUAGGAAAACCACCAGAGACUAAUGUGUACUGGACACGACAGGGCAGCUCUUUCAGACAUGAAGGGGAUGUACUUAGUCUGACAAAAAUACAACGCAGUAGUUCUGGUACCUAUACAUGCACAGCACAAAAUCAAUACUCAUCAGGAAACAAAGGACAGAGCAAGCAGUCCAUGACCAUCGAUGUAGAAU